AUGAUAUCCCAUGUGACAGAAAUCUCCACCGCCUCUACAGAGGGAUCCAGGGAAAGCUCCACAUCCUCAGGAGAAAACGAAAACUCCACAGCAACUUCCCCACCUGGAAGUCUAGUAACCAAGGAGGAGACGCCAACGCCAUCUCCCCCCACGACUAGCACCAGCCCAAAGCCAACCACACCUAAGCCCCCUGCGGUGCAGACUUUCACCAUCACUUACCACAUUGAAAAAACAUUUACUGAAAAGUUGUCAGAUAAAUCCAGCGCAGCCUACAAGGAGCUGGAGGAUAAAAUCGGGAAGAUGUAUCAGGAAGUUUACAACUGCUCGACGUGCCCCAAUGCUGGGCAAUAUGUUGGAUUCAUGGUGAACUCAUUCAGUAAGGGCUCAGUGGUGGCAAAUACAAAAGUACACUUCACGGAAAGCGCAAAGGUUUCCAGUGAAGAGCUCCGCACUGCUCUGAGCGACGCUUCUGAAGACAAACGGCAGGGUCUCAACCUGACUCAGAUUGAAGGUAAAGGGCUGAAGGAUGAGCAGUGGGGGGUGACCUCAGACACCACGGAACCCUCUACCUCCCCACCCUCAACAACAACCUCGACUACGCUCCCCUCUUUGAUGUAUUUCUUGCUCAGCUAUCACAUUGAAAUGGUUUUCAGCGAGGACUUCUUGAAUCCAUCCUCCAGUGGCUACGAGAAGCUGAACGGAAAAAUUGGGAAGAUGUACGAAGAAGUUUACAACUGCUUAGGGUGCCCUACUGCUGGGAGGUAUUAUGGAUACACAGUGAAUUCAUUCAGGCCUGGCUCAGUAGUGGCAGAUACGACGCUGUGGUUCGUGGGAGGCACGUCCAUUUCCUCCGAAGAACUACGCAAUGCUCUGAGUCGAGCAUCUCCAGAGAAACGGCAGUAUCUGAAUCUGGCCAACAUUGAAGCGAGGAAUUUCGGGUCUGACACUCCCAGUCAUCCAGAGACUGUCCCAGGCUGGGGUAUUGCUCUCCUUGUCUUAGUUUGCAUCCUUCUUCUCCUGGCACUCAUCGCCUUCCUGAUCCAGAUCAUCCACUGGUGUCGACGGAAUCACCGGGGGAAGCUUGAUUUGCUCAGCAACCAAGACUCCUACCACAUCAUGAGUGAGUACCCGACGUACCACACACACGGGCGAUACGUUGCCCCCGGAAGCAAGCCUAACCCAUACAGUGAGACUCUACCCAAGAACGGUAAUGCUCCCUUCUCCUACACCAACCCCACAAUGGCCAAUGAUGAACUGUAGGCAGAGCACACCCUACAGUUGGACUUGGCAAGGGGGGUUAGCCAGAACCUGGCUGAGCCACAUAAAUGCAGGGAUAUUGUUGGGCUUCGGUGUGAAUGUGGGAAGGAUGAGUUCUGCAAACAAGCUUGGAAAUAGCCACUCGCCUACUCACCUAUGGUGAGUUUCAAAUUGCCUGAAGGCGAACAAGCAGCACAAUUUCAACAACUGAAAGAAUCUAUUCUAUUGAUGUGCCAAAAAAAUCUACCCCUUGCAAAUGUGUUGUGAGCGAGCAACCCUCUCCAAAGCAAUGAGGAAAACUAGAGAAUGCUUUGCAAAGCUAGCUGUGUCCCUCAAGCCUGGAAUGUUAUGCUCUGAGCCAGUGGAACUCCCCGUCACAGGGAUCUCACCAGGGCUCAAAAGAUCAACGGGAGAUUCUCUUGCACUGGACAAAUUAACUAAGAAGAUGAGGACGAAAGGAAACCUCCUAAGCUGCUGAACUGUAAAUUCUGAGUUUCCAGACUCUUUUCCCCAUCACCACUAUGAAAAAGCUGAACUUUUUUGCUGAGUGUCAAAUAUUUACAAAUUAAUUUUAUUUUUAUUAAU